AUGAGCAACUACAUCGUGAAUGUGUUUCACCUCAGAGACAUAGUGCGGAAUUCGGUGAACGCUAGCGAGCACGAUGCUGUGAUAUUCACUGGCAGUGGAAGCACUGGUGCUGUGCACAAGCUCAUCAAUGCUCUCAACUUCCAGACACCGCCAGUCGUCUUCUUAGGACCUUACGAGCAUCAUUCUAACAUUUUGCCAUGGAGAGAGUUGGGUGCUAAGGUCAUCAGAAUACAGGAAAACAGGAUUGGACUUGUCGAUAUAGCUGAUUUAGCACUGAAAUUAAAGACGCACGCUUCGGCGAGUGGAGAGCUGGUUGGCUGCUUCUCCGCAGCGUCGAACGUGACGGGUAUCAUGGCCGACGUCGACGCAAUCACGGUGUGCCUGCAUAAGCACGGAGCGCUGGCCGUGUGGGACUACGCGACCUCCGCCCCCUACACGGAGGUCGACAUGAAUCCUGUCACGGCGAGUGAAGACCAGCCGCAUGUGUACAAAGAUGCCAUCCUAAUAUCCACACACAAGUUUGUUGGUGGUGUUGGCACACCAGGUAUCCUUGUCGCAAAGAAAAAGUUGUUUCGGAACCCCGUUCCUCUAGGUGGCGGUGGUGGAGGAUCCGUUUUUUUUGUCAGUCGGAAGUCGCACAGAUUUCUACAGGAAGCUGAAGCGAGAGAGGAGGCGGGAACUCCCGCCAUCGUUGAGUCUAUAAGAGCCGGACUCGUCAUGCAGCUGAAAGCAAAUGUGACCACCAGCGCCAUCAUGCAACGAGAACAUGAACUAGUCAGGGCGACGCUUGACCGCUGGACAACCACCCCAAACCUGAUUCUGUUUGGAGAUGUCUCGGUUCCCAGGCUGCCGAUAUUCUCGUUUGCCAUCAAGCACCCGGACUCUGGCCUACUGCUGCACCACAACUAUGUCUGCGCACUGCUCAACGACCUGUUUGGCAUCCAGGCGAGAGGAGGAUGCGCGUGCGCUGGACCUUAUGCACAAGUACUAACAGCUAGGGAGCAGUGUGUGUGUGCAAAUGUCAACAACCUAAUUAAAUGACAUGAUAGUUUUGACAGCUGCCAUGCAAAAAUAUGCAAGCUACCUUUUGUUGUCAGGCCCGGCUUUGCGAGGAUAAACAUUCCAUACUUCAUGGAUGACGAACCGGUGGAUUUCGUUAUAGAGGCCGUGUGCUUGGUGGCUGAGCACGGAUGGAAACUGCUACCUCAGUACAUAUUCAAUGCUGAAACUGGAGAGUGGAGACACAGUACAAACCUGGUUUUCAAGGAAAGGAAGUGGUUAGGCUCAAUAUCUUAUAGUGAGGGAAGGAUGAGUUAUCCCAGCCCCAGCGUAAAGAGUGUGGGUCCUCUUCCGAGUGACUCACAAGAAUGCUUGAACAUGGCAAGGAACAUAUUUGAGGAUGCACAAAAAGUAUCGCAGAAGAUGAUGUUAGCCGACCAGACUCUGCUGUUCGGCGAUGACUCGGCAUCUUACCGCUGCUUCCUCCUCCCGAGUGAAGCCCAGAGGUUUCUUCAGUCACCGCGUGUCGCCGGCUACCCUCUCCCACUCCCAUACACGCCGCGCGACCAUGGGAAGGAGAUUCCCGUGCGACAACUGCCCGGGAUCACUCCCAGGGCUGAUGUUCCGGGCGGCUCCGACCGGGCAAACGCCGGCAGCAACGUGAGGGAGCCUCGAGGAGAAGAUGCGGACGUAGCGUCGGACGUGAGCUGCUGCUGCUCCACGGGCACGGCUAGCGAUCGCGCUGGGAGGGGUCAUACGAACUGGAGCGCAGGGUCGCACGUGUUCAUCCCAGAGAUGGUGGCCGAUCAACGCGCGGGGUCCGCACCGUGUGCCAAGACAGAGAACGGCGAGGGAGAGCUGAGUGGUAGUGAACUACAGCCGCAUGGAGUCGGCGCUCUCUCGUGCAAGAGACCUCCACAGGAGUGUACUGAUCGAGAAUCUGCAGCCACUGACAGUCGGACCGGCGGCGUGGUCGGUCAACCGAACUGGUGCAAAGUGCCAAAGUACAUUUUCACACCAACAGCAAAGGCUAUAUUCGAGUAUGGGAUGCUGAAGGAUGGAGAUAGAGUGUUGGUGUGCCUUUCUGGCGGUAAAGACUCUCUCAGUCUCCUGCAUGUACUGCGGCAAUACAGAUUUUUUGCCAGGACAAAGGGCAUAUCAUUUGAGUUUGGAGCAGUUACAGUAGACCCACAGACUCCGUCCUAUGACCCUAGACCACUUAUACCUUACCUGGCCGGUUUAGGAGUGCCCUACUUCUAUGAGGAACAAGACAUUAUGGACACCGCUAGAGCACUGCCAGAGUGUGCGUCCAUCUGCAGUUUCUGCAGCCGCAUGAAACGGGGGCGCAUCUAUGCGUGUGCAAGGAGGCAUGGCUACAAUGUGCUUGCCCUUGGACAGCAUUUGGAUGAUCUUGCAGAAAGUUUUGUGAUGUCGAUAUUCCACAAUGGGCUUAUGAGGACAAUGAAAGCAAACUACACUGUUAGGAAAGGCGACUUGCGAGUUAUUAGACCACUUGUGUAUGUAAGAGAGAAAAACACAAGACGGUUUGCUGAAGAGAAAAAGUUGCCUGUAAUUCGCGAGAACUGCCCAGCAUGCUUCGAAGCACCAAAGGAGCGCCACCGACUGAAGCAGCUGCUUGCAUCACAGGAGGUUCUGUUCCCAAAUCUCUACAACCACAUAAGAACAGCAAUGAAGCCCUUGAUGGCAAUACAAACUGCUCACUCCACUUUUGCUGUCAUACCUGGAGAUGACGACAGUUAUGAUUCGCCUUGACGAUAAAUGCAGUGAACGUGGCGAUUAUCUCCAAAGUUUUUACAGAGGUUACCAAGCCUAGUCCAGCUGGUAAUUUCUUGGACAAUGUGCAUAUUUUGACACAGGGUGCCUGCUCACAAAUGACAUUGUGUGCCUAGUUAUAGUAUUGUUAAUUACUCUUGGAUUACGAGAUCGAGAUGAUUGAUUGUGCCAACAUGCCUCUUAUAGAGCGAGAGGGCUGUUUAUAUAACAAUCACAGAUGAUCUGUGGCAGGUUUGUGGGUAAUGAUCUUGUUUAUGUAUUAUGAUGGAAAUGUGAGAAAAUAUAUAAUAUAUAUAUAUAAUAAA